AUGGUGGCUCUGAGCAACCCCUUUUCGAAAGGCAAGCCUGAAGAGGAAGGCAAGGAGGCCGAAAAUGCGAUUGCGCAGAACCUAGAGGCGCAGGGCGCCGACGUACAGACCUUUAGCGAAGAUGCUUCGCCGGAGGAAAAGGGGAGGCAGGCAGCCAAGGCUCGCGACGAGCUCAAGCCCAAGGGCGAGCUCGCGGUGAAGCAGGAGCAGGCCAAGAAGGAGGAGGAGGCGAAGCUCAACCGCUCCGUCCAGUCCGACCUCGGCGGCUCCAAGGUGCGCCCCAAUGUCGGCAUCCGCGACGUGGACCAUGCCUCGCGCCAGGCUGGCCAGCUCGGCUACGGCGAGGUGGUCCCGGGCUCGCUGCCGGCGGGCGAAACCUCGCUGAACAUCCCCGACUGGUACACGGUCGGCUGGAUCGGCGCGUCGCGCAGCCUGCGCGACCUCAAGCCCGGCCAGCUGGAGGACACCGAGUCGCGCAUGCGCGACACGAACCUCAUCAGCUCGUUUUUGAGCGACGCGUACUACGGCUACAUGUGGUCGGACGCGGCGGUGAUUGUCGCCUCGGUCAUUAUCACCUACUUUGUGACGCGCUUUGGCGGCGGCUGGGGCACGCUCCUGAUUAUUCUGAGCAUUUGCGGUACCUACUACUGCACGUCGAACCGCCGCAUGCGCUCGCGCAUGCGUGACGACGUCUCGCGUGAGCUCGCGCGCCAGCGCAUGAUGACCGAGAACGAGACCGCGCGCUGGAUCAACAACUUCCUGUCGCGUUUCUGGCUGAUCUACGAGCCGGUGCUCAGUGCGACGAUCAUCCAGUCGGUCGACGAGGUGCUCAAGUCGCAGUGCCCGCCGUUUCUCGACUCGCUGCGUCUCACCACCUUUACGCUGGGUACCAAGGCCCCGAUCGUGGACUAUGUGCGCACGCUGCCCGACACCGACGACGAUGUGAUUGUGAUGGACUGGAAGAUUAGCUUUACCCCGAACGACGUUCAGGACCUGACCGUGCACCAGGCCUCGAAGAAGAUCAACCCCAAGGUCGUGCUCACAAUCCGCGUCGGAAAGGGCAUGAUCGGCGCCGGCCUUCCGAUCCUGCUCGAGAACAUGAGCUUUGUGGGCUCGAUGCGUAUCCGCCUGAAGCUCAUCAGCAGCUUUCCGCAUGUCCAGGUGCUCGAUCUGUCGUUCAUGGAGCCGCCGAGCUUUGACUACGAGCUGAAGCCGAUCGGCGGUAGCGCGCUGGGCCUCGAUGUCGCGGCGCUCCCGGGUCUGUCGGGCUUCAUCCAGAACCAGAUCCACGCAAACCUCGGCCCGAUGAUGUACAACCCCAACCAGUUCUCGAUCAACCUCGAGGAGAUGAUGUCGGGCACUCCGCUCGACUCCACCGCCGGUGUGCUUCAGGUGACCAUCUGGAGCGCCCGCGACCUGGUCGGCGUCAAGUUUGCCGGCGGUACGCCCGACCCUUACGUCGCGCUUGCACUGAACGACGGCAAGGAGAUUGAGCGUACGCGCGUCAAGGAGUCGACGACGCAGCCGACGUACAAGGAAACCAAGUACAUCCUGCUCAAGGAGCUCCAGGGCCUGCUCACGCUCUCGAUCUACGACUACAACGGCAACCGCCCAGACACGCGCUUGGGUGUGACGACCUUUGACCUCGACUCGCUGAACGAGAACCCCGAGCCGGGCCAGCUGAACAAGGCGGUGAUGUACAACCAGUCGCCCCACGGUUCAGUGCAGUUCUCGCUCUCGUACUACCCCGUGCUCAAGCCCGAGACCGCCGAGGACGGCACGCCUUUGCCGCUCCCCGAGACGAACGCGGGCGUGAUCCGCCUUACGCUCCACCAGGCCAAGGAGCUCGUAAAGAAGGCGAGCAUUCCGGGCGAGAUGGACCCCAAGGCGCGUCUCCUGCUCAACAACAAGGUGAUUAAGGAGACGGACGUGAUCAAGGACACGCGCGACCCGAUCUUUGAGGACGUGACCGAGUUCCUCGUGACGGACCGUGCUUCGAGUGUGCUCACGGUCGAGAUUAUCGACGCACGCGAGCUGGCGGGCAAUCCCACGAUCGCCUCGCUGAGCACCAAGAUCGACGACCUGAUCCAGGCCAAGAAGCGCCAGCAGGACUGGUUCCCGGUGCCCCAGACUCCGCAGAGCCGCGUGCGCAUGUCGGCGCUCUGGAAACCGGUCGUGAUGGCGGGCAGUAUCAACGGCUCCAACUCGUACCGCCCCCCUAUCGGUGUGCUGAAGGUGUGGAUCCGCGGCGCGGUCGACAUCAAGAACGUCGAGGCGCUCAUGGGCGGCAAGUCGGACCCCUACGCGAUGCUCCGCGUGAACAACCUGAUUGUGAGCGGCACGGCAGUCAUCGACAACGACCUGAACCCCGUGUGGAACCAGGUGCUGUACGCCCCGGUGCACUCCACCUCGGAGAUUGUGCGCCUGGAGGUGAUGGACUACCAGUCGAGCACCGCGGACCGCACGCUCGGCUUUGUCGACCUGCCUGUGAGCAAGUACGCCGAGGACAACGUCGAAGACCGUGCCUACCCCUACCGCAGCAACGGCCGCCACACGCUCCGUGAGAAGCUGAAGCAGUCGAACGGCACGCUGAAGGGCAAGAUCGACUUUGACCUCGAGUUCAUCCCGGCGAUGCACGUCGAAGGCGCCAACUUUAUCGAGCAGAACAAGAAGAUGGCCGCCGAGGCCAAGGCCAAGUCGAAGCAGCCCUCUGCGCCCCCCGGCUCGGCGCUCGACUCGCCCGAUGCGGUGCGCCAGCAGCAAGCCGCCGAGGACGGCGAGAACGACGACCAGAUCGUUGCCGGCCAGGCCGUCCAGGACGACGACGAGGAGGACGAGGACAGCGGUGUGCACCUCAGCGCCCAAGAGCUCCUGCAGCACCGCUCGGGUGUGCUUGCGUUCAACAUGAUCUCGGGCCAGAUCCUCAAGCCGCGCGCGCAGCUCGAGGUGGUGUUUGACGACAGCUACUGGCCUGCGUACACCACCGAGCGCCGCAAGAAGAACUACAACUGGGACGAGGUCGGCGAGGCGGUCAUCCGCGAGCUCGAAGUCUCCAACGUGUGGUUCCGUCUGCGCAACGGUGCGUCGGACGACGACGUGUUUGCAGAGUACAUGUGCUCGACCAAGGAGCUGCUCGAAAAGUGUCUCGAGCAGCCCACCGAGCUCACGCUCCAGCCCGUCGGCAGCCACGCCUUUGACAUGCCCGAGAUCGACCUGCCAAACAUGCCCAGCAUGCCCGAGAUGAACAUGCCCGACGCCAAGUCCGUUGGCGCGAUGCCGGGCAAGGCGUUCAAGAGCGCGGGCGGCAUCGCCAAGGGCGGCGUCGACUUUGCCACGCAAGGCGGCAAGAACAUUGCCAACUUUGCGUCAAACGGCCAGGUGGUCCCGGUGCAGAACGAGAUCAAGAUCAGCUGCCGCUACGUGCCGGUCGACGUGCACCUCGAGCCGAUCGAGAGUAUCGUGAACCAGGGUGUGCUCACCAUCGAGGUCGUCAGCUGCGCGAACCUGCGCUCUGCCGACCGCGGCGGCAAGUCGGAUCCCUACGUGAUCUUUGAGGACAAUGGCCACGAGCUCGCGCGGUCCAAGACGGUGAAGAAGACGCUGCACCCCACGUUUAACGACGUGCUGCCCGAAGUGGUCAUCAAGUCGCGCCUGACGCACGACUACACCUUUAAUGUACGCGACUGGGAUCAGGUCGGCGCGUCGGACCCCCUGGGUGUGGCGCACGUCAACCUCGCCGAGCUCGAGCCGUUCGAGGUGCACGAGCGCACCUACCAGCUCACCGGCCACGGUGCAGGACCCGACAGCACCAUCACGGCGCGCUUCGAGUUCCGCCCGGUCUAUGCCAACAACCGCACGGGCAAGGGCGGCGCGCUCGGCCGCAACGUCGCGUCCGGCGUCAUUGGCGGUAUCGGUGGUAUCGGAAAGGGUGUCGCGCACGGUGGCAAAGGCAUCUUUAAUGUGGUCACCAGCCCCUUCCACCACAAAAAGUCGGAAAGCAACGCGAGCCAGAUGCCGCGCAGCGAGUCGCAGGUGCAGCAGCAGCAGCAGCAGCAGCAGCUGCAACCGGCGUCGUCGGCGACGCAUAUUGACGAUACGCAGUCCAUGCGCGACUCGCAGUCGAUGUACGGCCAGCGCUUCGACUCGCAGUCGCUCGCCGAGGGCGGCGGCGCGAGCGGCGUGCGCCACCGCCGCUCGCGCCUCCACAACCCCUUCAAGCGGACCAAAGAGCCCUCGGAGGGCGCGCCGCGUCGCUAG